AACACUUAGACGAAUAUGGAAGACAAGCAAUUUCUUCGAUUCUUCUAGAAUCUUCAAAUGCAGACAUUUUCUUCCGCCGCCGCUCUCACCUCCAUCCUCCGUCGUACAGCGAUCUACAACGGCGGUGUUGGAAUCGGAAUCGGAAUCCGCCGCAGUUUUUACUUUCUCUCAGCGAAACGACAAGAGAACCCUAAUGUCUCUAGAAAUCCCCACCCGAACAAGACUAUUCUCAGAUUCUUCUUGGCUCCGGUUCUCUCGUUAGACGGCAAACCUAAGCUCGAUAAGCUUCAAGCCAUCGGUACAAUCGCCACCGCUCAAGCGGACUAUAUGCGCGUCAUUGUUCAAGAUGUACCUGAGAGUGACUAUGGAGAUGAUGAUAAGAUUGGCGUUGAGUUGCUUUGUGUAGUGAGAAAGUUGUUGAAGAAGAUUGGUAGGACUGUUCUUGUUGGUGAUAAAGUUCUUGUUGAUAAAGUUGAUUGGAUUGAUCGGAGAGCUAAGAUCAUCAAUGUGUUUGAUCGAGUCUCGGAGAUUUUGGAACCACCGGUUGCGAAUGUUGAUCAUUUGCUGAUUCUCUUCUCUCUUGAUCAACCUAAGAUUGAUCCAUUUACACUUACUAGGUUCUUGGUGGAAGCUGAAUCUAUUGGAAUUCGAGUCACAAUUGCUUUGAACAAAUGUGAACUCGUCACUCAAGAGGAAGUGGAAUCUUGGAAGAUAAGAUUGCGUAGUUGGAACUAUGAACCGUUAGUUUGCAGUGUGGGAACAAAAGUCGGACUUGAUGAGAUUGCGUUUAACCUGCGAAAUCAGACUUCUGUCAUUGUUGGACCUAGUGGUGUUGGAAAGUCGAGCUUAAUCAAUAUAUUGAGAAGUAGCUAUGGUGGUGCCAUUAAACACGAAGAAGUGUUUAAGCCUAUAUUAGGAUUAAUGUAUGAUGGCCAAAAGAAGAAGAAUAAAAAGAAGUGGUUUGAAGAUCAGAGUGUAGGUGAAGUUUCACAUAGAAAUGGAAGAGGUAAACAUACAACCCGAAAUGUAACGCUACUUCCGCUUUGUGGAGGUGGAUACCUUGCUGAUACUCCUGGCUUUAAUAAGCAUAAGUUGCUGAAAGUAACAAAGCAAAAACUUCCCCUGUGUUUUCCUGAGAUACGGAAAAUGGUUGAAGGAGGAAAAUGUGAAUUCAAAAAUUGCUCGCAUUUAGGGGUAUAUGGCUGUGCUGUGACAGGUGAUUGGGAAAGGUAUCAUUACUACUUGCAACUGCUUGAAGAGAUCAGAAUCGAUGAGGAGUCUCAACUUAAGAAGUAUGGAACCAAAAGGGAAGGUGGUGUUAGUUUCCACAUGGGGGAGAAGGGUGUGGAACAAGCGAAACCACGGAUAGAUCCCAAGAAGUAUAGGAGAGAGUCGAGGAAGACGAUGAAACAGACAAUGAUGAAAGAGCUCGAAUUUUAAGACAGCGUAUUUGACAUAGAGAACAAUCUAAUUGUCUGAGCAAUUGAGAAUGAGACUAAGAGACGAUGAGAGAUUCAACAAGACAAUGUCAACUAAUGUUUCCACAGACACUUGAGUCAUAUAAUAUGUAACAUGUUGUACAAAUGUCUUUUGUUCUCAGCUCUUUUCUAAUAGUUGACUAAUCAAGGCUAAAACGACAG